UGAAUCGAGAAAUCCCAAUCAGUAUAAAUUUCAACCCGAAUGAUUUAAAAAUGGAACGAUACGAGGAGGAUAUCUAUCGGCUGAAUCUAAGAAUCAAACAGCUGAUAUCCAGAAACGACUUGUUAGAAACUCAAAACGAAAAACUGACGGAAGAGAACGAUGCAUUGCUGGCGGAAAACCGGCAGCUAAGGAGUGAAAAUAGCAGUUUAUUGCAACAUAAUGUACAAUGCAAGAUACAACUUGAAAAGGAAACAGCUCAUCGGGAAGAGUUGUUUGAGGCCAAUCAAAAACACAAAGACCGCUACCGGGUUCUGGUGGAUCGUUUAAGCGAGCAAACCGAAAGAGUGAAAAUGCUUGAACACAAUCUGCGAUCGGCGGCGUCUACCAGGAGGAUCAAUCACGUGCCGGUGGAAAUUAUUGGUAAGGUCUCUGACAUCGGGAAAAAUAAAGAAUACGAAGCACGAUGUCAAGAGCUCCAGAGCAAGUGUGACAAGCUGACAAAAGACCUGAACGGAGCCUACGCUAUCAUUGAUGAUCUGGAGUUCGAGCUGGAAAGUAUCGAUUACUUGGAGAAUGAAAACGACCGGCUGCAACAGGAAGUGAAACGUUUAAGGUCUAAAUUGCUUGAUCAAUCUCCGUUGCACCCCGAGGGUACAGCAGAAGCUGGUGAACAAUCCGCAUCGAAUAGAUCACAAUCACCAAUAGAGCAAGGUGACUGCAAUGCCUUGGCUAGACUGAAGAUUUCUCCAAAAGAUGAUGAUACAGAUCAGAUUGACGAUAGCAGAAAAUCUCGCCGAGUUGUCCUGCACAGGAAGUUGGAGACUCUGCACGAGAUGCAAUGCGAACAUUCCACGAGACUGUAGGUCAUGGCCAUCCGAACAUAAGUUGUUUGCUGCAUAAUUAAUUGUUCCAUAUUUGCACCCAGAGUGACACGCAAUGGUUUCAACUGAUGAGGUUUCGAAUAAACCUUGUAUUAUCCAAU